ACUUGCAACUGCGCUUUAUUUAUUCAUUAUUUUCAUUAUUUUGCAAAAAUAAUGCACAUUUAUCGGUGCCAGCAGCCGUCUCUAAGCAAAGAGAACCAUAGAAAAAAACAAUAACAAAGGUCUGGUGUUGUUAUUGUUGUUGCUGCUGCUGCUGCCCUCGCUGGAGAAAUAAAGUAAAACGCACAAAGCGGAAAAGCGGAAAACCUUGGGAUUCAGAUAAGAGCGACUUACAAUGUCGUGGUUCAAUCCCUGGGAUGGACUCAAGACCAAGAUGUGUCGCUACCUCCUGCAGAGGUAUUUGGGCCAGUUUUUUGAGAAUAACUUGAACUUGGAGCAGCUGAAGGUUGAUCUCUACAAUGGCAAGGCGGUGGUGGAGGAUAUAUUCCUAAAAGUGGACGCUUUCAAUGAUCUCUUCGAGGAUCAGGGCUGGGCCUUUGAGGUGGUAUCAGGUCACAUUGGCUGCCUGACCGUGGUCGUGCCCUGGAAUGCGCUGAUGACCAAUGACAGCAGCCUGGAGAUCUCCAACUUGACGAUAACCCUGCGGCCUGUUACGCGGCAUCAGAGCGGCACCACGAUGCUGGAAUCGAUGUGGUCGUCCGUUAGCAGUUCCAUGCAAAUGGCAGAGGAGUGUAUGAAGCAGGUGGACGACGAUGUGCCCUUCCUUAAUCACAAUAACGCCCUGAUUGGGCUGGAGAAGUUCGCGGAGACCAUUGACAAUGUGCUGAAUCGCAUCCGCGCCAAGCUGACGAACACAACACUGAAUAUUGAGUAUCUGCUGCCUCGAUCGGACCGGAAACUGGUGCUUUCCGUCCAGGCCAGCCAUGUGGAGUACAAAAACAAGACUGGCUACGAGAUGAUGUCCAUGUCCACGUCCCAAAACACCGAUACAGAGACGGAUGCCCAUGAGGAGGAUCCCAAUGGUAGCUUUAAUGCCCUGCCCAUGAUAGCCAAGCACAAUUUGGUGAUAGAGGGACUGAGUCUGCAUACCUCCGAGGUUCUGGAUGUAUUUCUGCCCACUCCCUACGAGCAGCUAUGCAAGAUCGUGGAGCUCAAGGGCGCCCAAAACAUACAGAUCAAUAUCAAGCAGACGGAGAACAUAGUGGGGCCCAAGGUGAGCCUUGAACUCAGUCUGGACGACAUCUACUUUAUGCUCACGCCCCGGCAAAUACAUUUGCUCAUCGAGCUAUCCAAGGGCUUCAACAGCGGUGGCCAGCAGGAGCGACCAAAGAAGGGACGCAGCCUGAAGUCAGCGCCGCCCAGUGAGUACCAACCGCACCAGCAGCAGCAGCCCACAAGGAUGACGGGAAUACUCGGCCAGAAUGCGGACUGGUCCACAGGUCUUAGCGAACCAGAACCUUCGGAAUACUCCGGCGGCUUUGCCCCCCGCAGCGUUUAUGCGCGAAGUAGAAAAAUGAGUGAGUCUACCAAUAGCAUGCUCACAUCCUGCACAAAUACGCUGCAGCAGGAGCUGGGCUACACGGAGAAGUCCGGUGAGAUACUCAAGUUCAAGGUGCAGAUCUCCAAGCUGUAUGGCGUGGCACUACACAAUGAUAUUCUCGUCCAGAAUACGGCCCAUAUUGAUAGCUGCAGCACGGUCUUUGAUCAGACGAGUUACCUUCGAUAUUCGGAUACUGCCAGUGUUUUCUUUCAGGGCGCACUCCUCGCUAAUCACCUGCCCCUGGAGAAGCAGCACUAUCUCCUGUUGCGCGCCGCUCCGAUCAUAGUGAGUGGCAGCCAGCAGCGCUACUUUCAGGAGCUCACAUCGAGAACGACUCUGUCGGCGACAGCGGUGGAUCUCUGCGAGGUUCUGGACAAUGCCCGUGAGCACCUGCUGCUGUUCGAUCGCCAGCGAAACUGCCCGGAUGGCUAUCACAUCCGACCCGAGAUUGUGAUCACUCAGAGCUCCUCGUUUAUGUUUAAGCAAAACCAUAAUCGAUGCACCAACAAAAUCGAAUGCAUUCUGGACGAAUGUACUGCGGAAUUGGAUGUAUCCAUUUACGAUCGACUGGGUGCCCUCUUUGGCUGUUCUCCCUUCGUCCGGGAUUCCGAUGAAGUUCCUCCGGCAGAUGCCUAUCCCGAUCCGGAUCCCAGCCAAACGGAGCUGAGUGUAAAAUGUGAGAACCUGCGACUGCAGCUGCGUUUCCCAGUGGUAGACGGCAGGGCGGCCAAUGAUCCGCAGAAGAUUCCCUGGUGGCAGAAGAAUGUGCGUCAGGACUUUCUCGCUUUGGAGUUUCGCGUCCUGGUGGUCAGCUUCAGGUCUCAGAUUAGCAUUGCUUCGGAUGAACUGGACGCGUAUUACUGUGAUGCGGACAAGCAGAGUGCCGUGCAUUUGCUCCGAUGCCAGCAGACGAACAAGAAGAUUCAAAUCGAUGUGCUCCAGUUCAAGGAGAGCAGUGAUGGCCGGGCAAAGAAGCCAACGCGGAAGUCGCCCUUCAGCUCAAAGUGUACCUUCGGCUAUACGUCACACGUCGAGGGAUUGGACAGUAGUUUUGAUAAAACAGAUUCCCUUUUGCCCGGCGACACGGAGGAGAUCAACGAAUUCUGCGAUAGCUGCACCCAGUCCUCCAAGCUGAAGAUCUUCGCCUUUAUUCCGCUGGUCAAGGUGGUGCUGGAAUCCAAGGGUAUGUAUGAAUUGAUAUACAAUCGACUGAAUGGCGAUCUCUUUAUGUGGGAGCCCCGUUCGCCGCACUACGAAAGCAAUCUGGAGGGGGAACCGAGAGAAUCCAAUCACCUGGCGGCUGAGCCGCAACUGGAGGAAUUCCGGCGGAACCAACUCCUAAGUACGAGCACCAUGGAGAGCAGCAUUUACUUUUCAAUGGCGGAGACGACGCUGCCGGGUUCUGGUCCUUCUCCCCCGACUCCUGUAGCUAAGGUUCCCAAUGAAGCCUUCUCCUUCGAGCUGUUUGUGGAGGAGGGAUCUCUGAUCCUAUUCUCUCACUUCCUGGAUCCCGAGACUAAUCAGCGGGCCAAGGAGUGCGGCAAGUUCCAGGUGAAUCUCAAGGAACUGCGUCUCUUCACCGUCAAUGGCCUGGAUAACGAUGCGAAUAGAAGCUUCUUUUGCAUCCAGCUGGGCGAGAUUGAGGCUCUGCAUUGUGGCAACACUCAGCAAGAUUUGGUGUUAGCUUGGAGUGAUGUACCGGACAAGAACCUUCUACCCACCAUCCACAAUUUCCCAAAGUCUCAGCAGGAAGCAGGGGACAGGAGGAGACUGGAGGUUCUAUCGGUUGUGGCAGAGAUCAAGAAGCAACCGGAGCAGCGGAUAAAGCGCAUGAAGAUGUCAUUUGGCAUCACGGGAGCCAUCCUGCAGCAUCACUCGUGCCACUCGGAGCACAGUUGGCUGAAUCAACUCAUGGACUUCAUGGACGUGGCUGAUUUUCCCAUCGAGGAGUACGAGCCGUUUGCCCUGGUCUCCGAGCUGCAGCUGCAUGUGUGGAAUGCCGGCAUCGACUACCGCCCCAGAUUUUUCCCCCAACGUGCGUUCCUGGACCUGGGCUACUGCACAUUGAGCAGCAACAUUAUAUCCUCCAUGAGCGGCUGUACUCUGCGGCUCCUGGCCGAGGAUUGUGUACUCCAGUUGGGCUGGGCCAAGGCGCCUCAAGACGCUCUGAUCCCCGUGCUUAAUCUUGGCCUACUUAACAUAUCCUUCAGGUUGAACGACGAGGGCAAGGGGCAGCCACGCGUGGAUCUUCGCUCCUCCAUUCACGACAUGCACCUGAAGACCUGCUACGACUCGGCGUCGGCUCUGGCUCAGCUUAUAGCUUAUGUGGCCAACGACAGGGACCUGACACCACCGCCCGAGGAACCCGUUCUGAAUGAGGACGCUGCACACACUGAGCCCAAGUCGUUUGAAGAUCAGGAGGUUAGCGAUCAAACCCAAAACCAUGUGAACAAACUAAUGGCCGAUGCCGUAAUGGAUGUAAAGUGCUCGCCUAAUCCCAAGGCCACCAAGUCACCAGGAGGGCGAGAGGAAGGCAUCGAGAUCUUCUACUUUCCGGAUGAGCCCAAGGAGAAGAGAAAAUCAACGCCUGUGAAGCCGCAGAGUAAAUCCCUGAUGGUGGAGAGUCCAUCGGUGAUUGGCGACAUCCUUGACUUUGAGUCGAACGUGAUCUUGCAGUCCUACUACGAACAGAGUCAGGUCCAGCAGCCGCAGACUGGUCUAGGUACCGAGGUGCAGCUGGAGCUGGGAUCACUGUGUAACGGAUCCUUAAUGGAGGAACGCGACUUCGAUAUAAUCCACGACAAGGAGAUCUCGGGCAUGGACAAGUUCGGUGUCAAGCAGAUCUACGUCUCCGAGGAGCCGCUCCAGAUUGUUGACAAUCACUUCUGCCUGCCUCACGAAAAGGUGGAUCUGCUGAGACCUCCGGCCAACUUCCCGGUGGCCGAGAGCAGUUAUACCCUCUGCGAAAUGACCUUCACGUGGCAUCUUUAUGGCGGACAGGAUUUCCCCGAUGAAUCGCCAAAGAAGUCCGCUCCCGCCGCCUCCAGUGGCUUUGGCAUGUCGGAUACGUACAAGUAUGGCGUGUCCCAGGCACAGGAUCAAGAGAAACCGGAGCGAAAGGGCUCGAGGAGGGGUUUGCCCAAAGAACCCAAGGGCUCCAACCGCAAUCUGGAAGUUCUGGUGGAGAUCCAGCUGUCGAAGAUUCGCUUUUCCUACGAAACCUAUCCCCUGACAUCCAUUUAUUCGUCGCGUCAAGUGCUCCUGGUAUCGGAAAUCGAAAUCAGGGAUCGGCUGCGCUCCUCGGACAUUAACAAGUUUCUCUACCAUCCCGCUGGCAACAAUUUGUCCCACAAACCGGACGAGAAUAUGGUGAUAGUGAAGGCUCUGAAUGUGCGUCCCAAUCCGCAGAAGAGCAGCGCCGAGGAGUGUUCCCUGCGCGUUUCCAUUCUGCCCAUCAAACUAAACAUCGACCAGGAUACUCUUCUAUUCCUCGAGGACUUCUUUUCGGGCAUGUUCCGGAAUUCUAGCAGCAGCAGCAGCUCCUCCAGCAAAGCGGCGGGCAGUGCCUCCUCCAAUUCAACAGACAUGCCAGUGAUGUCGGUUAGUAAGCUACCGGAUGAUCUAUCCGACGAGCUGCCCGCCGAGUCCGAAGUCAAGGAGAUGGUCGAGCGGAAUCUGAAUGUGUUGAUUGAGGAGAACAGCCUGGACACGGAGUUGGAGGAGGAUCCGGCCACCACUUCGCCUGUGUUCUUCCGCGAGGUGAUCUUCAGUCCGGCGCUGCCCAUUUGCUUCGAUUACCAUGGUAGACGGAUCGAAUUGUCGCGCGGACCUGUCACCGGACUCAUUAUGGGAUUGGCUCAGCUCCAGGGAUCUGGCAUCUGCCUGCGUGAGAUCGUCAAUCGUCGAGGCAUCCUCGGCUGGAAUAAACUGUGCGAAUUUCUGGCCAAGGAGUGGCUGAAGGACAUCAAACGUAACCAGCUGCCCAACAUCCUGAGCGGCAUAGGACCCACAAAUGCGGUCCUGCAGCUCUUCCAGGGCGUCUACGACCUCUUCCGGCUUCCUAUCGAGCAGUACAACAAGGAUGGCCGGAUUAUUCGAGGUUUCCAGCUGGGCGCACAGAGUUUCACAGCUCGCACAGCUCUGGCUGCCUUGGAGAUCACCUCCAGGAUCAUACAUUUGCUGCAAUUUACGGCGGAGACUACUUUCGAUAUGCUCUCGGCGGGGCCAUCCCUGAAGAAGCGAAAGGGCGGACGGAAUGGAGGAAAGAGACGACGCCAGGGACGACCCAAGGAUCUGCGAGAGGGCGUGGCCAAUGCCUACACCAUAGUGAGAGAGGGCAUCAACGAAUCGGCCAACACACUCAUCGAAGCGGCGAUCACGGAGCACGACCAGAAGGGUUACAGCGGAGCUGUGGGCGCCGUAGUACGCCAAAUCCCUCAGCUCGUCGUCUGCCCCGCGGUGCUGGCCACCCAAGCCACCACCAAUAUUCUGGGCGGUGCCAAGAGCUCGCUGGUGCCGGAGGCCAAGCUGGAGGCCCGUGACAAGUGGAAGCAGGAGAUCCACUAAAAGGAAGUUAGGUUUACGAUAGCUAUAGUUCACACGGGGCUUACAACACAAUAAUGUAAUGUUUUCUAUUGUUUUACUAACAAUAUUUUACAAAAUAAUGUAAUGUAUAUAAGAGGAGCUGCGAGAGCAAGCACAAGGCGGGACGAGGAAUGCCAAGUGAUGAUGAUUCCGGAAUGGGUGUGAUUCAACUUAUCCUUUUUAUUAAGCCAUAUUUACAUGAAAGUUAUAUUUUU